GCGCGCGCGCGUUUCUUUUUAUACAUUUUUCAUACCGCAACCAAGUCGAAGUGAAGUUGAAGUCAAAGUACUCGUAACGCAGAUAAAAAUCGUAUCAGAACAUAAACUACGACAACAGUUAAUAGAAGUAGACCGUGUGUGUGUGUGAGUGUGUCAAUUGUGCGCCAAUUAUUAAGCUCGACUUGAAAGAAGGCAACGAAAAUUAAAGUUUUCAGUUAGUUACAUCCUGCGCUCAAUGUAGGCCCGCAAACAGCUGUGGCCAGAGAGGUACUAGCGUGAGUGUCUGUGAGAGAGAGGGGCGCACACCAACAAACGGUAACGCCAACAUAUGAUGAGCCUUACUGUGCUUGCAUUGCCGCAACGUUUCAAACGCCUUCUGCAAGCCAUGACACUCGCCAUAGCCAUCGUCUACAUGACGCUGGUGCUCUAUCAGAGCACCUACGGAUAUCCGGGCAUGCAAUUGCAGCCCACACAGCACUUUAGUCAACUGGAUGGCAAUGAACUCUCAGUUGCCACCACCACCAUUGUACCACCCGCACCCUCAUCGCUCACACAAAAGGAGCAGCUGCAACUGCUGCAGGAAUAUACGUCCUCGCAGCCUGCACCGCUGGCCCGGGGGCUGCAUGCCACGCCCACGCAUGCCGCGUCGGCGGUGUCGAUUGGAUCGUCACCACCUGCCCAAACAACGGUUAUCAUACGCAAGGAUAUACGUAGCUUCAAUUUCAGCGAUAUUGAGGUCAGCGAACGACCGACGGCCGCGCUCCUCAACGAUCUGGCACGGCGCAGCCGUAACGGUGAACUGUUGCAUGAUCUGUCGCAGCGAGCGGUGACCGCAACGCCACAGCCGCCGAUCACUGAACUCGAUGACAUUUUCAUUAGCGUUAAGACAACCAAAAACUAUCACGACACGCGGCUGGCGCUGAUCAUCAAGACUUGGUUCCAAUUGGCGCGCGAUCAGACUUGGUUCUUUACGGAUACCGAUGACCACUACUACCAGGAAAAGACAAAGGGCCAUCUUAUAAACACAAAAUGCUCACAGGGCCACUUUCGCAAGGCUUUGUGCUGCAAAAUGUCCGCCGAAUUGGAUAUCUUUCUGCAGAGCGGCAAAAAAUGGUUCUGUCACUUUGACGAUGACAAUUAUGUCAAUGUGCCUCGUCUGGUCAAGCUCUUGGAUGAGUACAGUCCCACAGUGGAUUGGUAUUUGGGCAAGCCGAGCAUUUCAUCGCCGUUGGAGAUACAUUUGGAUAGUAAGAACACAACAACCAAUAAGAAGAUAACCUUCUGGUUUGCCACUGGAGGCGCUGGAUUCUGUCUCAGCCGUGCCCUGACGCUCAAGAUGUUGCCCAUAGCAGGUGGUGGUAAAUUUAUAAGCAUUGGCGAUAAGAUACGUUUUCCGGAUGAUGUCACAAUGGGCUUCAUUAUAGAGCAUCUGUUGAAGGUCCCCUUAACCGUAGUCGAUAAUUUCCAUUCGCAUUUGGAGCCCAUGGAGUUCAUACGCUCGGAUACAUUCCAGGAUCAGGUAUCCUUUAGCUACGCGCAUAUGAAGAACCAGUGGAAUGUCAUCAAGGUGGAUGGCUUCGAUCUCAAGACCGAUCCCAAGCGCUUCUACUCGCUACACUGCCAACUCUUUCCCUACUUCAGCUUCUGUCCGCCCAGAUGAUGAGGCUCCUAACGGGCAUGGCCGUAGAACGCUUGUCGGAAAUUAGUUCUGAACUAAUUUUGGUAACGCGCGUCGAAAACCAAUUUAAAUUUUAAAAAAUCAAAUCUCGCUACUGUGAUUUAACAUUUAAGUGCAUCCGAAGGUUCUUUGUACAUAGGCUUACUAAAAGUUGUGCUUCCUAAAAUGUUUAGCGAUAUCAGCCUUAAGAAAUGAAAUGAACUUGCCUUCCAAAAAAAAAAAGAGAUAAAAAUGAAACACUUCUGUAUAGUUAAGUUUUGCAAUUUCAAUGUCUUGCAAGUGCUUCCUUUAAAUUCUUCCAAACAAGUAUGUGUAGCUAAUUUAAUUGUCUAGUCUAAUUUAAGUUGCUGUACAUGAUGUCUUUAGCGAUUAGCAAUUUGUGAGACUACUUGGUCGUCUAUUAGCGGUUCAUAGUUCUUCCUUGUAUAUUUAAGCAGAAACUGUAAAGCAGUCUAAUACUUAGAUAUACUUUUUGUACUACUGUGUAUAUAUAUAUACAUUAAAGACACAUGAAUUUAAUGAGUUUUAAGAAAUGUUUAAACGAUUUUGUUAUAUUUUAGAUUGCGUAAAUAAAAAUAUAUUAAAUAAUAAAAAUAAAA